AUGCUCCUCGGUUUUGGCGGUUUUUCCAUCGUUUUAGCCGUACUGCACAACGCCGUCCGAAAGUAUAUCUACCACGAUGAGCACAACCUUGAUACAACCUUUGACGCCGGCGGUAAUGUCAGUCUAAGUCUGACAGCAGUUACGGUUGCCUCUCAGCUUUUCUGGCCAGGUGAUAUCCUACAUAGCGCCACACUCGCCACUAAGAAUGGUGUGGCGGGUCCGUUUUGGUAUGCGGUUGGAAUCAUGUUCAACAUCUUCAUUUUUCCCAUGCUCUCUGUGCAUUUUAAAACCCGGGCUCCGGGUGCCAAGACAUAUCUUCAGGUCAUGUACGCCCGUUAUGGCCGUGCCACUCAUGCUGUAUUUUGUUGUUUCGCCCUUCUCACAAACCUGGUUAUCACCAUCGGAGUCAUCAUGGCUGGACAGGCCACCAUUAAAUCGUUGACCAAGGACGCCUCGGACGAAUUUACCGUCAUCAUUAUGGCUACACUGUUCGGCUCCUACUCUUUGAUCGGGGGACUCGGGACGACCUUCUACGUGUCCUACUUCAACGCUUGCCUCGUUUUCGUUCUCCUUAUCGUCUUUGUCGCCAAAAUUUUCCAUAUGGGCGAUGAAAGAUAUUCAACAAUUGGCAAUAUGGACACGAUGUAUAGCGCCAUCAUGUGUGUUAAGGUUCGUUCAGUUUUUUCCUUUUUUUUUUCUUUUUCUUUUCUUCCUUUUUCCUGUUUCUCUUCUUUCUUUUCUCGCUCUACUCUUACUGCCACAUCGCUCUACUGCUUAACUUACUGUUUUUCUAAUUCCGCCUCUCACGUGAUAUCGCUUUCUUCUUCUUUCUUUUUCAUUUUCUUUCAAUUCCUGUUAUUCCUACAUCCAGUUUUCCUUCCUUCUUUUCUUCGUCUUCCGAUUCCAAUUCUUUACUUUUUUUUCCUUUUUUCGUUUUUUCUUUAUGCUUUCUUUUUAAUCAUUUCUACCCCUCUUUCACCCCCUCAACCAGUUUUCCAUCCUUCUAUCCGUCUUUUCUUCUUCCUCCGAGCUUUCUUCAAUUUUUCUUAUUCUUCUUCUUGUUCUCCCGCUUUCUUCUCCAUACUUUCUUUUUCAUCUUUCUACUCCUCUUCUCCUUCCUCUUUUUUCUCUGUUCGCCCCCAUCCACUUUUCCUUCCUUCUAUUUUUCUUCCUCCGAUCUCUCUUUUCAGUUUCUUCUUCUUCUUCUUCUUCUUCUUCUUCUUCUUCUUCUUCUUCUUCUUCUUCUUCUUCAAACAUUUUCAUCUUCUUUCUACGCCUCCCUUUCCCCAUCCACUUUUCCUUCAUUUCAUCCUUAUUUUCUUCUUCCUCCGAACCUUCUUUAAAUUUUUCUUAUUCCUCUUCUCGUUAUCACGAUUUUUUCUUCGUCAUUUUUUUUCAUCUUUCUACUCCCUUUUUCUCCAUUUUCCUCUCUUCUUUUCUUCUUCCUUUGAUCCUUUUUAUUCAAAUUUUUCAUUAUUCCUCUUCUCGUCCUCCCGCCUUCUUCAUCAUACUUUCUUUUACAUCUUCUCUCCUCUUUUUUUCCAUCCAUUUUUCCUUCAUUCUAUACUUUUCAUCUUUCUCGGAUUCUUCUUCUUCAUUUUUUCUUAUUUUCUUCCCCCUUUCUUUUCCUUUCUUCUUUCUUUCUUUUCCCCUUCCUCCGAUCCUCCUUCUUCAAUUUUUUAUUAUUCCACUUUUUGUUCUCCAGUUUUCCCUCCAUAUUUUCUUUUACAUCUUCUUUCUGCUACCUUUCUGCUACUCCAUCAAUUUUUCCUUCAUUCUUUUUUUUCCUCCGAUCCUUCUUUAAAUCUUUCUUAUCCUCUUCUCGUUCAUCCGCUUUUUUUCUUCGUACUUUCUUUUUCUACAUUUUUCCUUCCUAAUAUCCUCCUUCCUUCGAUUUUUCUUGAAAUCUUCGUUUUUAUCUUCUUCUUCCUCCUCUCGUUCUACUUCUUUUUUCCUUCUUCAGCUUUAUUCUCCUUUUUAUCAUCUACUUUUCCUUCCUCCUCUUAG